GGUAUGACAAAUCUUCCAGAUUAUGUUACUUUUAAAAGUUUCCCUGGAAUGCAGUUUCAGCACAUCUUCAGUGCCGCCGGUGAUGAUUUGCUGGAAUUACUGCAAGGCUUAUUUCACUUUGAUCCUUGUACUAGGUUCACAGCUAGUCAGGCACUGAAACAUGAGUAUUUUAGCAAUCGACCAGCACCAACACCUGGAAGUCAAUUGCCAAGACCCAACUGCCCUGCAGAAGCUUUGAAAGAGCAACAAAAUCCUGUUCCUAAUUUAAAAAGGAAAAGGAUGGAUGGAAAAGAUCAAGGGUUACCCAAAAAACUGGUUUUUUGACAACUAUGGGAAAUGAGGAUCUUGAAUAUUUCUGCUGCUAUGAUAUCUAAAAAGACCAAAUGUGAGAACUGAGAGAUGUCAAUUAAAAAUAGGAGAAUGCUAUGUUUGUAAAUGUAUGUAAUAUGUAUGUAGUAUUUCAAUACAUCAUAACCAUGUAUUUUAUUACUUUUUUUAUAAAAAAAUAAAAAUACAAAAAAAUGG